AAUUACAUGUAUAUAUUAUUAAGAUAAUAUAUACAUCGGGUCUUAUUUUUUUUUAAGAAAGUUUAUUUUGCUCCAUUUUUGGAAAAGAGGGAGCGUGGGUGGCGAGCGGUUUUUAGCAAUUAUUCCUAUUUUCUGUUAUCUGUCCCCGUCCCUCCCCACCCCCUGCUGAAGCGAGAAUAAAGGCAGGGACCUGGGCUUCUACCUACCGGUAACCCCUCACCCGCUCCACCCCCGCCCCUACGCCCAGCACAGUGCCCUGCACUCAGUAGGCGCUCAAUAAAUGUUCGUGGAUGAUGAUGAUGAUGAUGAUGAAAAAAAUGCAGCAUCAACGGCAGCAGCAAGCGGACCACGCGAACGAGGCAAACUAUGCAAGAAGCACCAGGUUCUCUCUCUCUGGUGAAGGACCAACUUCUCAGCCGAACAGCUCCAAGCAAACCGUCCUGUCUUGGCAGGCUGCAAUCGAUGCUGCUCGACAGGCCAAGGCUGCCCAAACUAUGAGCACCUCCGCACCCCCACCUGUAGGAUCUCUCUCCCAAAGAAAACGUCAGCAAUACGCCAAGAGCAAAAAACAGGGUAACUCGUCUAACAGCCGACCUGCCCGCGCCCUCUUCUGUUUAUCACUCAAUAACCCCAUCCGAAGAGCCUGCAUUAGUAUAGUGGAAUGGAAACCAUUUGACAUAUUUAUAUUAUUGGCUAUUUUUGCCAAUUGUGUGGCCUUAGCUAUUUACAUCCCAUUCCCUGAAGAUGAUUCGAAUUCAACAAAUCAUAACUUGGAAAAAGUAGAAUAUGCCUUCCUGAUUAUUUUUACAGUCGAGACAUUUUUGAAGAUUAUAGCUUAUGGAUUAUUGCUACAUCCUAAUGCUUAUGUUAGGAAUGGAUGGAAUUUACUGGAUUUUGUUAUAGUAAUAGUAGGGUUGUUUAGCGUAAUUUUGGAACAAUUAACCAAAGAAACAGAAGGCGGUAACCACUCCGGUGGCAAAUCAGGAGGCUUUGACGUCAAAGCCCUCCGCGCCUUUCGGGUGUUACGGCCACUGCGACUAGUAUCAGGAGUGCCCAGUUUACAAGUUGUCCUGAACUCCAUUAUAAAAGCCAUGGUUCCCCUCCUUCACAUAGCCCUUUUGGUAUUAUUUGUAAUCAUAAUCUAUGCUAUUAUAGGAUUGGAACUUUUUAUUGGAAAAAUGCACAAAACAUGUUUUUUUGCUGACUCAGAUAUCGUAGCUGAAGAGGACCCAGCGCCAUGUGCGUUCUCAGGGAAUGGACGCCAGUGUAUAGUUAACGGCACGGAGUGUAGGAGUGGCUGGGUUGGCCCCAACGGAGGCAUCACCAACUUCGAUAACUUUGCCUUUGCUAUGCUCACCGUGUUCCAGUGCAUCACCAUGGAGGGCUGGACAGACGUGCUCUACUGGGUAAAUGAUGCGAUAGGAUGGGAAUGGCCAUGGGUGUAUUUUGUUAGUCUGAUUAUCCUUGGCUCAUUUUUCGUCCUUAACCUGGUUCUUGGUGUCCUUAGUGGAGAAUUCUCAAAAGAAAGGGAGAAGGCGAAAGCCCGGGGCGAUUUCCAGAAACUGCGGGAGAAGCAGCAGCUGGAAGAGGACCUGAAAGGCUACUUGGACUGGAUCACCCAGGCGGAAGACAUUGAUCCCGAGAAUGAGGAGGAAGGAGGAGAGGAAAGCAAGCGAAAUAGGGUCACCCUGGCCGACCUGCUAAAAGAGGACAAGAAGAAAAGGAAGUUCUGCUUUCGCCAGCGCAGGGCUAAAGAUCACGCCAGCAUGCCAACCAGCGAGACGGAAUCUGUGAACACGGAGAACGUAAGUGGCGAAGGCGAGAACCAAGGCUGCUGGGGAACUCUCUGGUGCUGGUGGAAAAGAAGCGACGCGGCCCAGGCCGGGCCCUCUGGGUGCCUGCGGUGGGGUCAAGCCAUCUCAAAAUCCAAGCUCAGCCGCCGCUGGCGUCGCUGGAACCGAUUCAGUCGCAGACGAUGUAGGGCCGCCGUGAAGUCUGUCACGUUUUACUGGCUGGUUAUUGUCCUGGUGUUUCUCAACACCUUAACCAUUUCCUCCGAGCACUACAACCAGCCGGACUGGCUGACACAGGUCCAAGACAUCGCGAACAAAGUCCUCCUGGCGCUGUUCACCUGCGAGAUGCUGGUGAAGAUGUACAGCCUGGGUCUCCAGGCGUACUUCGUCUCCCUCUUUAAUCGCUUUGACUGCUUCGUGGUGUGUGGGGGCAUCACGGAAACCAUCUUGGUGGAGCUGGAAAUCAUGUCUCCCCUGGGCAUCUCUGUGUUCCGCUGUGUGCGCCUCUUACGGAUUUUCAAAGUGACCAGGCACUGGACAUCCCUGAGCAACUUGGUGGCAUCCUUGUUAAACUCCAUGAAGUCCAUCGCUUCGCUGUUGCUCCUGCUCUUCCUCUUCAUCAUCAUCUUCUCCUUGCUCGGGAUGCAGCUGUUUGGAGGCAAGUUUAAUUUCGACGAGUCGCAGACCAAGCGGAGCACCUUUGACAAUUUCCCUCAGGCGCUUCUCACGGUGUUCCAGAUUCUGACAGGCGAAGACUGGAAUGCUGUGAUGUAUGACGGCAUCAUGGCGUAUGGGGGCCCGUCAUCUUCGGGGAUGAUCGUCUGCAUCUACUUCAUCAUCCUCUUCAUUUGUGGGAACUAUAUCCUACUGAAUGUCUUCUUGGCCAUCGCUGUAGACAAUUUGGCUGAUGCUGAAAGUUUGAAUACUGCUCAGAAAGAGGAAGCUGAAGAAAAGGAAAGGAAAAAGAUUGCCAGAAAAGAAAGCCUGGAAAAUAAAAAGAACCACAAGCCGGAAGUCAAUCAGAUAGCCAACAGUGACAACAAGGUCAUAAUUGAUGAGUACCAAGAAGAGGAUGAGGACAAGGACCCCUACCCACCCUGCGAUGUGCCAGGGGAAGAGGAAGAGGAGGAGGAGGAGGAGGAGGAUGAACCCGAGGUCCCGGCUGGCCCCCGUCCUCGCAGAAUCUCGGAGCUGAACAUGAAAGAGAAAAUCGUCCCCAUUCCGGAAGGGAGCGCUUUCUUCAUUCUUAGCAAGACCAACCCCAUCCGCGUGGGCUGCCACAAGCUCAUCAACCACCACGUCUUCACCAACCUCAUCCUUGUCUUCAUCAUGCUGAGCAGCGCGUCCCUGGCCGCUGAGGACCCCAUCCGCAGCCACUCCUUCAGGAACACUAUACUGGGUUACUUUGACUAUGCUUUCACAGCCAUCUUUACUGUUGAAAUCCUGUUAAAGAUGACGACCUUUGGAGCUUUCCUCCACAAAGGGGCCUUCUGCCGGAACUACUUCAACUUGCUGGACAUGCUGGUCGUCGGGGUGUCUCUGGUGUCCUUUGGGAUCCAAUCCAGUGCCAUCUCGGUGGUGAAGAUUCUCAGAGUCUUAAGGGUCCUGAGGCCGCUCAGGGCCAUCAACAGAGCAAAAGGACUUAAGCACGUCGUCCAGUGCGUCUUUGUGGCCAUCCGGACAAUCGGCAACAUCAUGAUCGUCACCACCCUUCUGCAGUUCAUGUUUGCCUGCAUCGGGGUCCAGUUGUUCAAGGGAAAGUUCUAUCGCUGCACAGAUGAAGCCAAAAGUAACCCUGAGGAAUGCAGGGGGCUUUUCAUCCUCUACAAGGAUGGGGAGAUUGAUAACCCUGUGGUCCAUGAGAGGCUCUGGCAAAAUAGCGAUUUCAAUUUUGACAAUGUCCUUUCUGCUAUGAUGGCGCUGUUCACGGUCUCCACGUUCGAGGGCUGGCCUGAGUUGCUGUACAAAGCCAUCGACUCGAACGGAGAGAACGUGGGCCCGAUCUACAACUACCGAGUAGAGAUCUCCAUCUUCUUCAUCAUCUACAUCAUCAUCGUCGCUUUCUUCAUGAUGAACAUCUUCGUGGGUUUCGUCAUUGUCACGUUCCAGGAGCAGGGAGAAAAAGAGUAUAAGAACUGUGAGCUGGACAAAAAUCAGCGUCAGUGUGUUGAAUACGCCUUGAAAGCACGCCCCGUGCGGAGAUACAUCCCCAAAAACCCCUACCAGUACAAGUUCUGGUACGUGGUGAACUCCUCGCCUUUCGAAUACAUGAUGUUUGUCCUCAUCAUGCUCAACACACUCUGCUUGGCCAUGCAGCACUAUGAGCAGUCCAAGAUGUUUAAUGACGCCAUGGACAUCCUGAACAUGGUCUUCACUGGGGUGUUCACUGUCGAGAUGGUUUUGAAGGUCAUUGCGUUUAAGCCUAAGCUCUUUGUGGACCCAAAAGAAAGGACACUAGGGUAUUUUAGUGACGCCUGGAAUACGUUUGACUCCCUCAUCGUAAUCGGCAGCAUUAUAGACGUGGCCCUCAGCGAAGCCGACCACUAUUUCACUGAUGCAUGGAACACUUUUGAUGCCUUAAUUGUUGUUGGUAGCGUCGUUGAUAUUGCUAUAACUGAAGUGAAUCCAACUGAAAGUGAAAAUAUCCCUGUCCCAACUGCUCCACCCGGGAACUCUGAAGAGAGCAAUAGAAUCUCCAUCACCUUUUUCCGUCUUUUCCGAGUGAUGCGAUUGGUGAAGCUUCUCAGCAGGGGGGAAGGCAUCCGGACGCUGCUGUGGACCUUCAUUAAGUCCUUUCAGGCGCUCCCGUAUGUCGCCCUCCUCAUAGCCAUGCUGUUCUUUAUCUACGCGGUCAUCGGCAUGCAGAUGUUUGGGAAAGUUGCCAUGAGAGACAACAACCAGAUCAACAGGAACAACAAUUUCCAGACCUUUCCCCAGGCGGUGCUGCUGCUCUUCAGGUGUGCGACCGGCGAGGCCUGGCAGGAGAUCAUGCUGGCCUGCCUCCCGGGGAAGCUCUGUGACCCCGAGUCGGAUUACAACCCCGGGGAGGAGUACUCCUGUGGGAGCAACUUCGCCAUCGUGUACUUCAUCAGCUUUUACAUGCUCUGCGCCUUUCUGAUCAUCAACCUGUUUGUGGCCGUCAUCAUGGAUAACUUUGAUUAUCUGACCCGGGACUGGUCUAUUCUGGGACCUCACCAUUUAGACGAAUUCAAAAGAAUAUGGUCAGAAUACGACCCCGAGGCCAAGGGGAGGAUCAAGCAUCUGGACGUGGUCACCCUGCUGCGCCGCAUCCAGCCGCCCCUGGGGUUCGGGAAGCUGUGCCCACACAGAGUAGCCUGUAAGAGACUAGUUGCCAUGAACAUGCCUCUCAACAGUGAUGGGACCGUCAUGUUUAAUGCAACCCUGUUUGCUUUGGUCCGCACAGCUCUUAAGAUCAAGACGGAAGGGAACCUGGAACAAGCUAACGAAGAGCUGCGAGCUGUGAUAAAGAAAAUCUGGAAGAAAACCAGCAUGAAGCUGCUUGACCAAGUUGUCCCUCCAGCUGGUGAUGAUGAGGUAACCGUGGGGAAGUUCUAUGCCACUUUCCUGAUACAGGACUACUUUAGGAAAUUCAAGAAACGGAAAGAACAAGGACUGGUGGGAAAAUACCCUGCGAAGAACACCACAAUUGCCCUACAGGCGGGGUUAAGGACACUGCACGACAUCGGGCCAGAGAUCCGGCGGGCUAUAUCGUGUGAUCUGCAAGAUGAUGAGCCCGAGGAAACGAAAGGAGAAGAAGAAGAUGUAGUCAAAAGAAAUGGUGCCCUGCUUGGAAACCAUGUCAAUCAUGUUAAUAGUGAUAGGAGGGAUUCCCUUCAGCAGACCAAUACCACCCACCGUCCCCUGCAUGUCCAAAGGCCUUCAGUUCCACCUGCAAGUGAUACUGAGAAACCGCUGUUUCCUCCAGCAGGAAAUUCGGUGUGUCAUAACCAUCAUAACCAUAAUUCCAUAGGAAAGCAAGUUCCCAGCUCAACCAAUGCCAAUCUCAAUAAUGCCAAUAUGUCCAAAGCUGCCCCCGGAAAGCAGCCCAGCAUUGGGAGCCUUGAGCAUGUGUCUGAAAAUGGGCAUGAUUCCUCCCACAAGCAUGACCAUGAGCCUCAAGGAAGGUCCAGUCGGAAAAGAGCCCGCUAUUAUGAAACUUACAUUAGGUCCGACUCAGGAGAUGAGCAGUUCCCCACUAUUUGCCGGGAAGACCCAGAGGUCCAGGGCUACUUCAGGGACCCCCGCUGCUUGGGGGAGCCCGAGUACUUCAGCGGUGAGGAGGACUACGAGGAGGACAGCUCACCCACCUCCAGCAGGCAAAACUACAGCUACUACAGCCGACACCCAGGCAGCAGCUUGGAUUUCGAGCGGCCCCGGGGCUACCACCACCCGCAAGGCUUCCUGGAAGACGACGACUCGCCCAUUUGCUACGAUUCCCACAGAUCUCCGAGGAGACGCCUACUACCUCCCACCCCAACAUCGCAUCGGAGAUCCUCCUUCAACUUCGAGUGCCUGCGCCGGCAGAGCAGCCAGGAGGAGGUCCCGCCGUCCCCCACCUUUCCCCACCGCACGGCCCUGCCUCUGCACCUGAUGCAGCAACAGGUCAUGGCAGUCGCAGGCCUAGAUUCAAGCAGAGCCCAGAAGUACUCGCCGAGCCACUCGACCCGCUCGUGGGCCACCCCUCCAGCGACCCCUCCGUAUCGGGACUGGGCGCCGUGCUACACGCCCCUGAUCCAGGUGGAGCCCUCGGAGGCCCUGGACCAGGUCAACGGCAGCCUGCCCUCCCUGCACCGCAGCUCCUGGUACACGGACGAGCCUGGAAUCUCCUACCGGACUUUCACACCAGCCAGCCUGACCGUCCCCAGCAGCUUCCACAGCAAAAACAGCGACAAGCAGAGGAGCGCGGACAGCCUGGUGGAGGCUGUCCUGAUAUCCGAAGGCUUAGGACGGUAUGCAAGGGACCCAAAAUUUGUGUCGGCGACAAAACACGAAAUUGCCGAUGCCUGUGACCUAACCAUCGACGAGAUGGAGAGUGCAGCCAGCCACCUGCUGAACGGGACCGUGCACCCCGGGGCUAACGGGGACGUGAGCCCCAACUCGAGCCGCCAGGACUACGAGCUCCAGGACUUCGGGCCAGGUUACAGCGACGAAGAGCCAGACCUGGGGAGGGAGGAGGAGGACCUAGCAGAUGAAAUGAUCUGCAUCACCACCCUGUAGCCCCCAGGGGGGGGCGGACUAGCUCUGCCCUCAGGUGGGGUGCCCGAGGGCCAGGGAAAAAGUGCCUCAUAGUUAGGAAAGUUUAGGCACUAGUGUGAAGUCCGUGUUCAAUUAGACUUUUGUGCAGGUGAUGUCAUGCCUCAAGGAAGCCAUAAACCUGUAGGGAACAGCUGUGCUCAGAGCUGAGCCCCAGCUGUGGGGACAGCAGGUCCCACCCAUGCACGGAGGAUGGGCGCCGGGCAAGCCUGCCCUCUUGUUCACAGCCCACGCGGGGCACUUGCCCAUGCCCACCGCCCACAGGCACGGUGGGGAAGGUUAAAGGUGAUGACGAUCACCGUGCCUGUGUCAUUACCUCAGCCAUCGGUCUAGCAUAUCAGACAUUCACUGGGCCCAGCAUAUCCCUCCCAGACACCUUGCUUCCUGGCUCCUGUUCUGAAACACAGUCAGUCAGGGCUACCCACCAGCCGUCCUCCGCAGAGGGAAGCAGGACCUCACAGGCAAGGUUUUCUGUCCCGUGACACCAGUUUGCACGGGAGCGUGCCGCGCAGAUGGUCGGUUUCUGACUGUCAGGCCAAGGGCAGCCGUAAACUGGAAUCCUAAAGCACUCGCAGCCAGGUCAACUUAGAUACGCUAGUUUGUUUAAAACUUAGACUUACUGUACAUGACUUGUAAUAUACGAUAAUUUGUAUUUGUAAAGAGAUGGUCUAUAUUUUGUAAUUAUUGUAUCGUAUUUGAACUGCAGCAAUAUCCAUGGGUCCUAAUAAUUGUAGUUCCCCCCACUGAAAUCUAGAAAUCAUUGGUAUUUUUACUCGGACUACACGGAAGUAGGAGAAAUUGAGCCAAUUCUCAUUUAUUCAGUGAAAAAUCUUUUUGGGGGUGAAAUUUUAAGUUCAAAAGAACUUGACACUAUAUAGAUUUUUCUAAAGUAUUUUGAGUCCCUAUAAGAUACACCCGAUGACUCUUUGCGGUCUUCUCCCUGGGCAAGAGUGCUGUGACUUGAGAGGGUACCUUUUGCUCCACCACGGGCGGUUUUACUGUAACCCCCUUCCCCGUAAGUUCAGGACAAGACUGACCCCGUGGCAUUCCUCGUGGUGGGUUUUCUCACCUGCCCACACAGAACGUUCUUACAGGUGAAUGAAGUCCCUCUGCUCGUGUCCCCUGGGAAGGGUGAGGCUGCUUGUCUUAGGAAAUACUAGUGAGGAAUGAUGGGGGCGGGGGGGUGAAGGAAGCAAAGUGACGCGAUCCUUAGAGGGUUAGAAGAUCGGGGUCCGGACAAAUAGUAUCGUUGCCUUUUUACAAAACAUUGCUGUACUGUGUGUUCUCUCCGAGGGCUUUUAUAUGCAACUGAAUGAGGGCUGACGUUUUCACUAGAAUGCACUCCCACUGCGAUUGUACUUCCCGAGAAAACCCACUUUGGGAUCGUUAGACCCGGCAAGGCUUCCUUUUCUGUUCACGGAAUAAUGCUGACUUUGUCAAGUUACCUUGGCAGGGAUUCUCUGCAGUCAAAAAAAAAAAAAAAAACCAGGUAGCAAUUUUUGGGUUCAAAAUUUUUAAAUAUUAAAUAGACAUCCUGUUAAUGUUGAUUUUCUUUUUUUGUAAAUAACAAUACUUUGUUAUGAAGACCUUACAAACCUCUUCUUAAGACAUUCUUACUCCAGAUCCAGGCAAAAACUCUUCAAGGUUUGUAAAUGAUUAUUUCUUGACGUAAAUCCUUUUUUUUUAUUAAAUGUAAAAUGUUCUUCAGAAGAAAAUUGCGUAAUAAUUUUAUUGUAUUUGGGAGCUCUCCUUGCAAAGAGCUGGCGUUUGCCAGUGAGAGCUUGGAAGGGGCGGGCACUCUGUGAGGGCAGUUCUGUAAUUGUGUAGAUUUUUUUCUUACUCUCGUCGCUCCGUCGAUGCCUAUGGUAACUUGAUACCAGCUGCAGAGAGCACUGUUUCUCCUAAAGGGCUAAACCACUGUUACCACCUCCUCGGACUCUGUUUCUCUCUUAGGUAUUGGUCUUAUUGUGUGGCUUACCAUCACCGGUCCAACAUUGCCUACCAGGACUGACUCUUCUGGGAUAGGCAAUGAUGUUUUCCAGUCAGUACUUAAAAAUGGGCAUUUUUAAUGCGCUGCACCACUCCUAAUCUCUGUCUGCUUUAAGCCUGGUUCAACCUCUCACCUAACAUUAAAUUUUUCUUU